AUGGUUCACCAUUUAUUGUUCAACUAUCGAUGUGCGGCAUUAUUCAUCAAUAUUGUUAUUCAACUAUUAAACUGUACCAUUGGAUUUGUUAUCUUCGGCCAAAACUUGCAACAAAUUCCAAUUCUGCACCCAACUAUACAAACAUCUCAGCAGUGUACUUUACUCUCGAUAUUUGUCAACAAUUAUCUCGUAGCGAAAAUAAAGAAGAAUUCUCGAUGGACCAGUAAAACUUUUGUUGGAAAUGUAAAAACUUUUGCAACAAUAUAUGAUCGAUUUGGUUGUUCAUCCAGGCAAGGAAAUAUAUUGCAUAAAGAAGACAAUUGA